AUGGCCGUGGCGACGGCCUCGCCACGUGACCCGGAUGGGCGGAAGCGGAAGUGCCGGCUGCAACCUGCGCGCGGCGUGCGUACCCUCGGCGCUGCUGCCCGGCCGCCGCCUGCCGUGGCGAUGGAUUGCUACACGGCGAACUGGAACCCGCUGGGGGAUUCGGCCUUUUACCGGAAGUAUGAGUUGUACAGCAUGGACUGGGACCUGAAGGACGAGCUCCGGGACUGCCUGGUAGCGGCUGCGCCCUAUGGGGGCCCCAUCGCGCUGCUCAGGAACCCCUGGAGAAAGGAGAAGUCUGUCAGUAUCCGGCCGGUGCUGGAGAUCUACUCAGCUUCUGGCAUGCCCCUGGCCAAUCUGCUGUGGAAGAGUGGCCCGGUGGUGUCCCUGGGCUGGUCGGCUGAGGAGGAGCUGCUGUGCGUGCAGGAAGACGGCGUGGUGCUGGUGUACGGGCUUCACGGGGACUUCCGGAGGCACUUCAGCAUGGGCAACGAGGUGCUCCAGAACCGGGUUCUCGAUGCCCGCAUCUUUCAUACGGAGUUCGGUUCUGGCGUGGCCAUCCUCACUGGGGCCCACCGCUUCACGCUGAGCGCCAAUGUCGGCGACCUCAAACUGCGCCGGAUGCCGGAGGUGCCAGGCCUGCAGAGCGCGCCCUCGUGCUGGACCACGCUGUUCCAGGAGCGCGUGGUGCACGUCCUCCUGGCCGUGGGGCCUGACCUGUACCUGCUGGACCAUGCCGCCUGCUCCGCAGUGACGCUGCCAGGCCUGCCCCCAGGAGUGAGCAGCUUCCUGCAGAUGGCAGUCUCCUUCACCAACCGCCACCUGGCCCUCUUCACGGACACCGGCUGCGUCUGGAUGGGGACAGCGUCACUCAAGGAGAAGCUGUGCGAGUUCAACUGCAACAUCCGCGCCCCCCCAAAGCAGAUGGUCUGGUGUAGCCGUCCUCGGAGCAAGGAGCGGGCCGUCGUGGUGGCCUGGGAGAAGAGGCUGAUGGUGGUGGGUGAUGCACCCGAGAGCAUCCAGUUUGUGCUGGAUGAGGACUCCUACCUGGUGCCUGAGCUGGAUGGGGUCCGGAUCUUCUCUCGCAGCACCCACGAGUUCCUGCAUGAGGUUCCAGCGGCCAGUGAGGAGAUCUUCAAAAUCGCCUCGAUGGCCCCUGGAGCGCUGCUGUUAGAGGCCCAGAAGGAGUAUGAGAAAGAGAGCCAGAAGGCGGACGAGUACCUGCGGGAGAUCCAGGAGCUGGGGCAGCUGAGCCAGGCCGUGCAGCAGUGCAUCGAGGCGGCGGGGCACGAGCACCAGCCUGACAUGCAGAAGAGCCUGCUCCGGGCGGCCUCCUUCGGGAAGUGCUUCCUCGACCGGUUCCCCCCCGACAGCUUUGUGCGCAUGUGCCAGGAGCUGCGCGUGCUCAACGCGGUCCGGGACUACCACAUCGGCAUCCCGCUCACCUACAGCCAAUACAAGCAGCUCACCAUCCAGGUGCUGUUGGACAGGCUUGUGUUGCGGAGGCUUUACCCACUGGCCAUCCAGAUAUGCGAGUACCUGCGGCUUCCCGAAGUGCAGGGUGUCAGCCGGAUCCUGGCCCACUGGGCCUGCUACAAGGUGCAGCAGAAGGAUGUGUCUGAUGAGGACGUCGCUCGGGCCAUUAACCAGAAGCUGGGGGACACGCCUGGCGUCUCUUACUCAGAUAUUGCUGCGCGGGCUUAUGGCUGUGGCCGCACAGAGUUGGCCAUCAAGCUGCUGGAGUAUGAGCCGCGCUCUGGGGAGCAGGUACCCCUUCUCCUCAAGAUGAAGCGGAGCAAACUGGCCCUGAGCAAGGCUAUCGAGAGUGGGGACACGGACCUGGUGUUCACUGUGCUGCUGCACCUGAAGAACGAGCUGAACCGAGGCGAUUUCUUCAUGACCCUUCGGAACCAGCCUAUGGCCCUGAGUCUGUACCGACAGUUCUGCAAGCAUCAGGAGCUCGAGACGCUGAAGGACCUCUACAACCAGGACGACAACCACCAGGAGCUGGGUAGCUUCCACAUCCGAGCCAGCUACACGGCAGAGGAGCGCAUCGAGGGCCGAGUCGCUGCUCUGCAGACAGCCGCUGACGCCUUCUACAAGGCCAAGAAUGAGUUUGCAGCCAAGGCCACAGAGGAUCAGAUGCGGCUCCUCCGGCUACAGCGGCGCCUGGAAGAUGAAUUGGGCGGCCGGUUCCUGAACCUGUCCCUGCACGACACCGUCACCGCCCUCAUCCUGGGCGGCCACAGCAAGCGCUCGGAGCAGCUGGCCCGCGACUUCCGCAUCCCUGACAAGAGGCUCUGGUGGCUGAAGCUGACAGCCCUGGCCGAUCUGGGCGACUGGGAGGAGCUCGAGAAGUUUUCAAAGAGCAAGAAAUCACCCAUCGGCUACCUGCCCUUUGUGGAAAUCUGCAUGAAGCAACAUAACAAAUACGAGGCCAAGAAGUACACGUCCCGCGUGAGUCCUGAGCAGAAGGUCAAGGCCUUGCUUCUUGUCGGGGAUGUGUCUCAGGCGGCAGACGUGGCCAUUGAGCACCGGAAUGAGGCAGAGAUGAGUCUUGUGUUGUCCCACUGCACUGGAGCCACAGAUGGGGCUACAGGCGACAAGAUUCAGCGGGCCAGGGCGCAAGCCCAGAAGAAGUGAGACGGCCACCCUGAACAUCUCCCUGAGCCCUGGGCUUGACAGAAGUGGCCUUAUUCCAUCCAGAACAAAGUUGUGUAGCAGGGGUGGGUAGGAUUGGGGUUGUGGUUGUAAAUAAAGUUGAAACAUUUGAGAGGA